AUGUUUGAUAUAAGAACAAUUUCUAUUGAAUUUUGUUUAGUUACAUGUCUUAUUCUAUUAAUAUUUAUUGUAAAUAUCUUACAUAUACUUUAUUUAAUUAUUUAUGAACAUAAUAAACAAAUAAAAUCUAUCCGCUUAAUCUUAAUUAAUUUAUCAUUAUCAUCAUUAAUUGUUUCAAUAUGGUUAAUACCAUUCUUUUAUUUUCGUACAAUAUGGUCAUCAGAAUCUACUUUAUGGCGUUUAUGGUCAUUUGUUUUUCAUAUUGUUGAUGCUGUACAACUUUAUUCGUUUCUUAUAUUAAUAACAACACGUUCAUUUCAACGAAUUUUUAUUUGUUUUAUUUGGUUAACACCUAUAAUUGCAUAUUCACCAUUAUUAUGGUUACCAUCGUUAUCAUUCUAUGAUAAAAUCGAUUAUUUACCAUAUCGAAGAUUAACUAUAAAUAUUCCCUGGUGGAUACUACCAAUACUUUAUUUUAGUAUGUAUUGUAUACCAAUAUUUAUUUCAUUACUAUUAAAUAGUAUUCAUAUAUGUUGGCCAUUAAUAUUUUAUUGUUAUAAAAAAGAAAAACAAGAGAUUUAUCAACAAUAUAACAAUGAACAUCAUAAAGAUAUGAUGGAAUUAAAAAAUCUUAUUGAAACUGUAUUCAAUUUUCAAUUAGAACAAUCAACUAAUAAAAAUAUUUGUAUAUCUUCUUGUUCGAAUGAAAUUCAUCAACCAUUAUCAUAUAAAGUUUGUCAACAUGAAUCGUUUUUUUUAUUUGAUGAACUUUCAACAUAUUCUUUACUUCAUUCAACACAAAUAAAAAGCAAAAAACACAUUAAACAACCACUUAAUUCUUAUAUGUUAUUUAUCAUUACAUGUCUAUUGUUACUUGUUCAUUUACCUUACAUACUUUUAUCUUUUCUUGAUAUAUCUGCACUUCAAUUAUCUACAUUUAUUUAUAUUCAUUGGUUUAGUGCAUUAUUUGUACCACUGAUACAUAUUAAAUAA